AUGAGCUUGGAGUCCCUGUUCCAGCACAUCCUCUUCUCGGAGCACCAGGCCGAGGAGGGCCGCCGCCUGCAGCGGGAAGUGCGGGCCGACAUCGCCAGGGCCCGGGACGGCGUCCGGACGGCGGCGCGCGCGCUGCAGCAGGAGCGGAGCAAGCUGGACGCCAAGGUUCAGCAGUUGUCUGAAAAAUCCCUAUUCUUACAGCUUCUGAAAACUCAAGAAAAUGCCUUAGAAAGACAGUGCAGUGAAAUUACAAGCCAGAGGAAUAUGCUUCUUCAAACAUUUGAGACUCUAAAGAAAAAGUUGACAGAAGAGGAGGAAAAGUUUAUUAAAGAACUUACAGAUUUCAACAAUGAGUAUGAAAUAACAAGGAAAAGAGAGCUUUUGAUGAAAGAAAAUGUCAAGGUUGAAAUAUCUGACUUAGAAAGCCAGGCAAACACUUUAAAAAUGGAAAUGAAGUCAAUGGAACAUGAUAGUGGCCAGUUAGCUGAACUUCAAAAACAAAAGAGUGAAUUAUUACAAGAAUUAUGUACACUCCAAAAGACCCUUAAAGUUUUUGAAGAUAAAGAGAAUGAAGCCAUUUGUACAACCAAACGCUUAGAAGCAGAAAAAUUAGAAAUCAGUAAAAAGCCUCAAAAUGAUGCUGAAUGCUUAAGACUCAAAAAAGAAUUAGACCUUUAUAAGGAUGAAGAUAUGCAGAGCAUUUAUGAAGCUCUCCAAACAGAAAUAGAGUUUUUGGAGCUGACAUUGGCACAGAAAGAGCUUCAGGAAAACCACUAA